AUGGAGACCCGUGUGGGUGGAGAUAGAGCUCAUGAUGUAACUGAUUGGCUCCCAUUUGACGGUGUAUUUCAUACUGAAACGAUUGGCCGGAAAGGGGGGCUAUGGCUUCUCUGGUAUUCAAAUAGAGUGGAGGUGGAGCUGCUAGCAAGUUCUGAACAAGAAAUUCAUGCUACAGUCAAGGUACGUACCUCUAAUUCUAAAUGGUUGUUCUCUGCUGUCUAUGCUAGUCCUAGGAGUGUGGAGAGGCAUAUUUUGUGGAAUAAUUUGUCGAAUGUAGCUGAGUUGCAUAACAUGCCGUGGGUUAUUGCUGGGGAUUUUAAUGAACCUCUCUCUGGUGAUGAUAAGUUUGGAGGUAGAGUGGUUAGUUCAAACCGGUCUUUAUUAUUUAAAGAAUGCUUAGAUAAUUGUAAUAUGGUGGAUUUAGGCUUCUCUGGUCCAAGGUUCACGUGGACUAAUCGAAGAAAAGUGCAAAAUCUCAUCCAAGAGAGAAUCGACAGAUUCUUUGUCAACCCGGAGUGGUGUGUCCUUUUUCCAGAAGCAAGAAUAACGCAUCUCACUAGAUGUCACUCCAAUCAUUGCCCGGUCCUUCUUGAAACUAAACCGCAGAAUAGGGUGCGGCUAAACCGCCCUUUCAAGUGUCAAAAGUUCUGGCUGGCAGAUAUGUCCUUUCCCAAGGUGGUAGAUCAGGCCUGGAAUUAG